AUGUUCUCGUCAUCUGGGCCGGAGGCCAGAGCCUUUGAGCUGCUAGGAGAGCGCUGCACCCCAAACUAUACUCCUGGCUCCAAGCUAAGCAGGAAGAUCGUGGCCGCAAAGAAGACGAAAAAGUCUCUGGAGUCAAUCAACUCUAGGCUCCAGCUUGUGAUGAAAAGUAGAAAGUAUGUCUUGGGGUACAAACAGACUCUGAAGAUGAUCAGACAAGGCAAAGCGAAAUUGGUUAUCCUCGCCAACAACUGCCUAGCUUUGAGGAAAUCUGAAAUAGAGUACUAUGCCAUGUUGGCUAAAACUGGUGUCCAUCACUACAGUGGCAAUAAUAUUGAAUUGGGCACAGCAUGUGGAAAAUACUACAGAGUGUGCACACUGGCUAUCAUUGACCUAGGGGAUUCUGAUAGUAUUAGAAGCAUGCCAGAACAGACUGGUGGAAAAGCCCAAGUCAUGAGCCCAGCUGCAGAUGGGCAGAGGCCUGAGGCUCUGCAGUCCUUGCAGGAGUCCCCAGGCCUCGCAGCUGGCUGGCAAUCAACCUUGCCCGACUCCCAUGACCUGUAA